AUGCCAACAGAUCUUCCACCAUACUCUGUUCCGGGUUCUACACCAUCUCAUACUACUCAUUCCAACACAAAUGCUCGCCAACAACACAGUCUAUUUACAGAAGCAGAGCAGAAACAACUGCAACUAUUCUUGGAUGGUCUCGAUGAAAGAGACGAUUUAAACACGGAUGGGAUUCCAAAAGAUUUCAAGCCAUCAUCUCCAAACCACGUUCUUCUCUCUUCACCUUACAUUAGAAACCCAAGCUAUGGAGCCCAACAGAUACAGACUCUUCCUCUCGAAAAUUCAAAUUCACGCAAACGAAAUAAUGGCGACAAAGCCAAAUCCGAGAAACGAAAAGUUCGCGCUCUAGAUCGGCCUUCUCCUGCCGAAUCGUCGCUCUCGCCAUCUCUCUCUGGGAGUGAUGGUGGAUCGCAUUCUCGGUCGACUGAUACCCGCCCAGAAGAAAACAGCUCACCACCAACCGCUCGUUCUGGUUCUGGUUCUAGUUCCAGAGGCGGAGGGGGAGGACGAGGACGAAAACCACCCCACGAAUUGUUGACUGAAGAUCAAAAAAAGGCAAAUCACAUUGCUUCUGAGCAGAAAAGAAGAGCCAAUAUUCGGGUUGGGUUUGAUCAAUUAGUGGAUAUCGUGCCCACGCUUAGCCAUUGCCAUCGUAGUGAAUCCUUGAUUUUACAAAAAUCUGCAGACUAUAUUCGACAGCUCAUAGAAGUAAAGAAUGGGUUGCGAGAUCGUGCAAGAGAACUCCAGACUGCAUUGGGUGAAGCGCCAGAUGAAGAUAGCUCUGAAGGCGAAGUAGACUAUGCAUUCUAA